AAAUGUACGUGUGGCGACGACUAUAUAACAUGUUCAAAUCUCCCACAACUCCCACAACUGAACACGGGAGCCAAUGUGAAUCAAGUAACAUCCUUCAUAGUUAACAAUGGAUUGUUAACAACUAUAGCCACCAAUAAUCUGCCACCUGGUCUUACAAAAAUCUAUCUGAAUAGUCUCCCCCUUACUAGUAUUUCUGACGACGCCUUAGACACGUCAGCAGGAACGCUACAACUGCUACACAUUACCAAC